AUGCAGUUCUCCGUCGCCGCUGUUCUCGCUCUGGCUACUGCCGUUGCCGCUCUUCCUCCUGCCUCUGGCACUGGCGCUGGCCAGGAAGUUGGCAACGCCAAGAACCAGUUCCCUCUUCCCCAGGACAUGACCGUGAAGCAGGCCUCCGACAAGUGUGGUAACCAUGCUGAGCUUAAGUGCUGCAACAAGUCUGUCAAGUCUGGCGACUACACCCAGGCGGAGUCUGGUAUCCUGAACAACCUCCUCGACCUGCUCAAUGGCAAGCAGGGCCAGGGUCUUGGUCUCUUGGAUGAGUGCACCAACAUCCCUGUCAAUGUCCUCGCUAUCCCCAUUAUCCAGCAGCAGGAGCAGUGCAAGCAGCCCAUCUCUUGCUGCCAGAACACCAAGUCCAGCGCCGAUGGAAGCGUCGUCGGUCUUGGCCUUCCUUGCAUCGCUAUUGGCUCUCUCCUCUAA